UCGAGAAGUUAAUUGCUUGCACACGAGCUCUUUCUUAUCUUCCUUUCUUCUUCACUUCAUCGUCUUUUCCCUCGUCGUCUUCUCCUUUGUCGACUCGACUGUUGUCGUCCCUUUCACCGCCAGUGCCCCUGCAUACGAUCCCCCCCCUCCAUUUCUCCAUUUCUCCAUUUUUCCACUUCUUCCUUUUCUUUCAUUGCUUCCUUUCAUCCUUCUUCAGGAAAGAGUGAUCGAUUUACGACAUAUACAACGAGGACAACCGAUUUAAUUACUUUAGCAACUGCGCUCGUUCCCUUGACUCUUGCUCAUUCCAUUGCAAUUCAUAAUUCAUUUAACAUUCAUCUCACUAAGCAAUGACUACUGAGAAACUCGAACAACCUCAAGUUGUUGAGACAACAGUCUCUACGACUUGUGACAAGCAACAACAGCAGGAAUCUGCCUGUCAGGCCUCGAACCUUGACCAGGUCUCGGUAGCCAUGAAUGAGUACACGCUCAAGGGCUGGAUCAUGCUCAAUGAUGGUUGUCCUGAUUGCAAUACUUCGCUGAUGCGCAAUCAGGAAGCUACGAGCCAGGUGUGUGUCAACUGCGAGAUCAAUCCACCCGUUGAUGCUGAAGAGGAUGAAAAGGAGAGUGCACAACAGGUGGAGCUGCUUCCAACAAAGGAGCAAGAAGAGCUCGUACACGACCAAAAGCCAAAUCAAGAUCAAGAACAUCACCAAGAAGAGCUCAUACACGAUCAAGAUCAAGAUCAAGAUCAAGAUCAAGAACAUCAUCAAGACUCGCUGCAGCAGCCACAGGAGCAGCAGCAGCAACCUGAGCAGAUGAUAACAGAGAGUGUGAGGUCAAGCGCACCCGCCAGAGCCUUGCCACCACCACCUCCUACAGCCGAGCAGCCUGUACUUCAGGCACCAGGUCCGAUCAGGCCAAUGGCAUCCAACAAUCGAAUCUCCGUCAUCGAUCCAGUGAUGGAGAGUGUUCGGAAAGCUUAUCGCUCUCCUUCGGGUCGUAUGGUCGGUGUUGUUCAACAACAACAGCAGCAGCCUUUGCCUUUGACCAACGACUUUCCACGACCUCCUACCAUUCCUCCUCCUCGAUCUACGACGCCUUUGCCCAUGCCGCCAAAGACACCACCACCCGUUCCAAGAAAUGUUGUAUCACCACCGCCAGGAAAUGGUGUUCUGAAGCCUUCCGCCUUCCCACGUCCUCUUGGUCCACCACCACCAUUGAUGCCAAAUCAUAUGCUCAUUUCGCCUCCUUCUUCGCCCCCCGCACCCAGAUCACCAUCCAGAGAUAAAAGACGAUCUCCACAGUGUUCAAUUGUGGUGCAAGCCAACAUUCAGCCACCAAUGUCUCCUCCUUCCAGGCCUGUCGGAUCUCCCACGUCUAAUACAUCCCCCUCCCGUCCCAGGUUUCCAACCCCACCUUCGACUGGAGCGAUCGUGACAAACCUCAGCCUCGCGGGCAUUGGCAUGCACGAGAGCACUACAUUGCAGCCCUCAGGGGGAGCUCAUUUGCCAGAAGAGGAUGACGAAAAGGAUUUAGAGAGCCAUGACGACGAGUUUUUUGAGGAUGCAGAAGAGGAGAUGGAGGGAUACCAAUCCAAGCCUGGAUCUUCUACUAUCAUUGGCGAAGAUGAUGAUGAAGCCAGAGGGGUAAUGGGAAUGGAUACAGUGUUGCACGAUAGCAGACAAGGGUCGAAUGAGAGUACAUCACGCCUCAUUGGUGAGAAGAUACUACAGGGAUGGGCGAUGCUGCAGGACCCCUGCCCUAAUCCUGCAUGCAAUGGGGUGCCAUUGAUGAGGAGCCUUGAAAAGAAGGAAGUCUGUGUGCUCUGCAAGACUCGUUAUCAGCGCGAGCAAUUGCAGGAUCAUUUCGAGCAACAGAGCAAAUAUGCAACUGUACCAUCGUCACCUGUGACAACAAGUGGACCUUCAAAUAUGAAUACGAUCGCUUCUUCAAUUGUUUCCUCUCUCAAAACCGCUUCUCAGUUCCCUGCACCUCCCACUACCAUGCCUCCUGUUCCUCGAGCCACCUCGCCACCCAUGCCUGCCUAUAGGACCACCUCUCCCAUCGCAAGCCCUCCUAUUGGCUUCACCAGACCGCAACGAGACCUCAAUGGAAGGAUAUCUGGCCCAAUUGUCCUUCCUCCUCCUGCGCCAAUGUCACCCAGCUUUGGACUGAGCAGUCAGCGAAUGCUGAGCAGGCAUCACAGUGAAGACAUGGACAAGGUUACGGCUGAAGAUGAAGAAAUGAGAAAGCAUAUGCAAUUGAUUGGCAAGGUGAGCGAGUUUUCAUAUAGAUCACUGCCACCGGUACCACCUGUACCAGCAGCACAUGCUUCAUCUUCAUCAACAUCUCGUCCAGUAUCGACGUAUUCCAACACUUCUGACAAGGAACGGAACAGCCACCGUCAUGGAGGGGCAUCAUUUUCACAUGGUAGUAUUCCAGAGCACGGUACACCAGCGGCUCGUGCCCCUGCCCCUGUUGCUCCUGAAGUCCACGCCAUGAUCGAUGCCACACACAAAACCAUGGCAACAUUGCUGAACAAGUUGGAGGUAUAUCGACUGGCAUUAGAGGUGACUGAGAAUCCAAAGGAGGCCCAGCUUCUUACCAACCAGAUCAAGAAUCUCAUGGAGUGCCUGAAGGCAUGCCGGGAAGUCCUUUAAUAUCAUGGACCUACUUCCUAGACACAUACACACUCUCUUCACACAUGCAAACAUUCUUCACUCUUUCUCAUUCAACUACAUCUAUCACAUACCACAUACAAACACGACAUCGCCAACAUUUCCUCUUUUUAUCUUUCCGCAUUGUAUUUAUCGUUAGAACAUCCGUCAUUUAUAUCUUUGCAAGUUCUCCAAUUCCUUAUGAUGAAGCUACUGACGGGUCAUUGUAACAAAAAUGACCUCUUUUAUCAUCCAACAAUUAAUACCCUUCCUCUUUAUGACAUUUUUUUUUACGACACACUCGAAAGAGGAGUUCUAGAUUGAGCCUCUUCUCGAUAUGACCUGUAUAUGAUUUAUUUAAUUUUGAUAUUUGUAUUUGAUUUGUUUUUAUUUAUAUACUUUAUAUAUAUUUAUUUUUUAAAAUAAAAUGAAGGC